CCGACCUCAAGCUCGAAGCUGCUCCGAGUGCCCAGGCUUUGCGAAGAUGCAGAUCUUCGUGAAAACCCUAACCGGGAAAACAAUAACCCUCGAGGUUGAGAGCAGUGACACCAUUGACAAUGUCAAGGCAAAGAUCCAAGACAAGGAAGGAAUCCCGCCGGAUCAGCAGCGCCUCAUCUUUGCCGGCAAACAGCUGGAGGAUGGGAGAACUCUUGCAGAUUAUAACAUCCAGAAAGAAUCAACGCUGCAUCUGGUGCUGAGGUUGCGAGGAGGGAUCAUUGAGCCAUCGCUUAUGGCGUUGGCCAGGAAGUACAACCAGGACAAGAUGAUCUGUAGAAAAUGCUAUGCCCGCCUGCAUCCAAGGGCUGUGAACUGCCGAAAGAAGAAGUGCGGCCACAGCAAUCAACUGAGACCCAAGAAGAAGAUCAAGUAAACAAAGGCUGUUGUUGUUUGCCUGGCUUGAAUUUUGAGAUCAAUUUCCAUUAGUUUUGUGUACGCCAGUCAGCAUUACUUUUGUUGAUCUUAUCUAUUGGUUUUUUAAAUUGAACUCUGAUCAAUCAUGAGCAGGAACUUGGAUUGAUUUGUUUGUCUCAUGAGUUUUGUUCUCAAGUAUACUUAAUAUUCUAAAGGCUAAUCAACCUUUUUGACAA